CACCAAAUGUGUUAAUAUUAUUACGACGUUGUCAGUUUGUGUAAGGAUGUAAGUUAGUUAACUAUAAUAAUAAAAUUGGCCAAAUAAUUGUGGCAUACAUUCAGAUCAAAAGUACUUUUGCUAAAACAGUUUAUCUUUACUGGAUUGCUGAUUAAUAUAUUUCUUAAAAGCACAUUUUACUCAGUGGGAUUUACUGUACCUCCAUUGUUGUUUUUUGCUACCAAUAUAAUUUGUAUCAUACAAUGGUGUAAUGUAUGUUGACGUGGUUUUUCCCCGGGCAUUAGAAAGAAAGUCCCAUCACAAGCAUGGAAUGACUUGCAUCCAUGGAUGAAGUAUCUAUUUCCCAACAUGCAGACAAUAUCAGUGACUUGACAUUGAACCCUGCUUCCCCCCCCCAGGCGGAUGGGUUAACAAGUCAGCCGAGGCCGUUCAGCCCGCUGGUGUCACGACUUCUGCAGCUCCCAGAGAUGAAAGCCGCCCCAAAUAAAUUAACGUCGACGGCCUCCAAAUAGACGGGCAGAUUAGAACUGCGUGCCGGCAUCACAUGUCAAGAAGAGUCACGUUUCAAAAAGAAAAAGUGAAGUGUCUAAGUGUGUAAACUCUGAAACAGUUGUUCUUCAGAGUUAUUGGCGCUGUCACUUAAAGGGGUACAUGUGACUUUAAUGAAGAAGAGGGGCGGCUGCGCUAACACAGCCAUUAAAUAAACCUUACACACACACACACACACACACUUUGGGGAGAGAGAAAGUCGUCAUCUUCCACUUUAAGACCAACCUACCGCAUCACUUGACCGAUCGCAAACCAGCUGAAUGCUGUUAUCGAUCCCGCCCGCCGGGUUGUGUGUGUUGCUGCGCGUGGGAUCGGGUGGUCUUUGAUGUAUAGGCGUGCUGAUCGCAGAUCAGAUAUACACUCCCUCCCUCCCUCCCUCCCUCCUUCCCCUCCCUCCUUCCCUCCUCCCCUCGUGUCCCCGCCUUUGAUGUGGCGGCUGUAGUCCUCGCGCUGCGUUGCGCUCCGCUUCAGACAUGGUGAGCGGACCGGUGCGGGACUCUCAGCAGCACACCUCUCUCUCCCCGGUGAGCUCUCCGCCGCAAACACCCGCAACUCAGGCCCUCGCGCGGUCCCUUUCCUCUUCUUUUUUGAAGCAGCUUCAGGCAACAAGAGUCUCAUCAAAAUGUUCUGGAUUCUUCAACAAACCCUCUCACUUCUAAUAACUCUGCAUGUCAUCUACUCAACUCUGAUUCCCGCGGGGGCCGAGGAGGAGACCCGAGAAUGCAGAGAACAGGAGUACAGGGACCGCUUUGGGAACUGUAAACCCUGCAAGCAGUGUGAUGCAGGACAGGAGCUAUCAAAGGAAUGCGGCUUCGGCUACGGAGAGGAUGCCCGGUGCGUGCCCUGCCGCAGCAGCCGCUUCAAGGAGGACCGCAGCCCGCAGAAGUGCAAGCCCUGCCUGGACUGUGCGCUCGUCAACCGCUUCCAGAAGGCCAACUGCUCCACCACCAGCAACGCCGUGUGUGGCGAGUGCCUGCCGGGAUAUUACAGGAAGACCAAACUGAGUGGCUUUCAGGACAUGGAGUGCAUACCCUGCGGUGACCCUCCGCCUCCUUACGAGCCUCACUGCAGCGGGCGCGUGAACCUGGUGCCGCUGCCCUCGGUGGUGACCAGCCCGCGGGACAUGGCGCUGGCCGCGGUCAUCUGCAGCGCUCUGGCCACCGUGCUGCUGGCGCUGCUGGUCCUGUGUGUCAUCUACUGCAAGAGGCAGCUGCUGGAGAAGAAGCCCAGCGCUGCCUCCCUGAGGUCUCAGGAUUGUCCCUUCGGCGGCGCGGAGUUGUCCUGCCUGGACCCCCGCUGGCUCCAGGACCCCCCCCAGAGACCCUGCUGCCACUGUCACCUCGGCCCGCGGCCGCCCUGCGGUCCGGUCCACCUGAUCCCGUCUCUGUGCUGCGACGAGAGCUGCAGUCUGGGCCGCAGCCCCGACGACAGUCCCUUCCCGUCCCAGACGAGCCUCGGCGACGGGAGCGUCCCCCGUGUCCCGGAGGGGGCGGGACAUGAUGCCGGCCGAGAGGACGGAUGCGGGUCGAGGGGGCAUUCGUCCGAAGCCGUGGCGGGUGCACCGGGUCUGGAAGCAUGACAUGGAUGUCUUUGGCUCGUGUUCCACCCCGGACUCAACUGCAGCGGUCAGAUCCCGGAUGAGAUUACUCUAUAGCCCCCCCCCCCCACACACACACACACACAGACACAGAUGAGCAGUGUGGCUGCAGCACGGCGUCCCUCGUCAGUCGGUCCAAAUAGAAUAUGUGCAUAGAUGCAAACAAAAGCACUGCCGAGGUAAAUCAAAGCGAGAGGGCAAAGGGGAGAGACACACACACACACACACACACACACACACACACACACACACACAGAAUGUGACCUCACAGACCCAGAGGGUGAAAUCGAAUGAAGUUCAAACGUCGAGGAGUAUCGACUUCUUACCGUCAAAGUGAAUCAAAGUCUCUGCUCUGCGGCUUUCAUUUUUACAUCCAUAUGUAGAAGAACUGAACCACUGACCCAACAGCGGGUGUUAUGAAGCUUUUGUGUAAAGGUAAUCUGAGGUGUGAAGAAAAGUGUCAAAAGUUAUGUUGCACAUUGAAGACAAUCUUGAUAUUAUGGAACCAGUUAAAACAGGGAAUGUCAAAGUGAUCGAUUUGUUGUAGAUACUGUAAAAUAUUAAAUAGAUACAUAUUUUUGUAACAUAGACAUGACUGACAAUUGGUUUGCUUUGCUUCCCACAGUUAUAGUGUUGUUGGUUGUGAUUGGUCACUUCCAAAUGUUGUUUUUGUAAUUAAACCACUUGAACAAGUUUACAUACCCAGGAAUUAAUUUCCUCAGUUCUUUAAUUGAUUCUUCAAAUCAAGCGUUUGAGUAUUUCCAUUCCACCGGUUUGGGGUUAAAUGGAAGACAUUUAGUGGCCGAGAGGCUGAAAGAUCCCGCUUUUUUUUUUUGUUUCAAAAAAUGUUACCGUGAUGAAACUCAAGAGCUGGAACAAUGAAUGAAUAAACAGAAUGAUUUGUAAUGUG